UCUCUUCGCGCGCGCGAAAUUGAGGCUGUUCGAUCAUCUUGGUAGCGACGUUUCCUUGUUAUUCUUUGGGUCCAUGUUGACAAUUUAGUUUGCAUGCUUUUUUUUUGUCGUCAACUCUUGUAUUCCAUAGCGGUCCGGUAAAGCGUUUGAACCAUUUCGUUAGUUCUGUUGUCAUAACUUGCAGUUUGCCAACGUAAGUGUAUAUUAUGUUGUGCUACCUUUUUUAGCAACUAACCUAGUCAGCUAAGGUAACGAGGUUAGCUAUCUAGCUAUGUUCGUUGUCUGGCUGAGUGUGCUAGCAGAUAGCAGAUGUCCUUGUAUUUGACUUAGGGGUUUUUAUAGCUAGUUUGUAGCUAAGGUUGACAUGUCUUGCUAGCAAAGUAACUUAGUGGCGUGACAAGGGCUAACGUUACCUUUUUGUAUGCCAGCAGGUUGUGUUAAACCAAAAUCAUACAUGGGGUCAAACUGCCCGUUUGGUUUGGAAAAACUUGUUUGAACAUUCAUUUAUUGGGAUAUAUUUACAGAACUAACACAGGUCACGCAUUUAUUUAUACACCUCGAGCAAUGAAGCUUCAGUGCGACGUCGAAGUCGUGAGCCGGAUGCUUCCCACGUAUGGGAUGAAAAACAGAGGAAAGGGAGCAAGGGCUGUGCUGUCUAUUGGGAGACAUGUGGACAAGACCACACAACACCACAACAUUUAUCUAAUGAUCUGUACAGCAAAGGAUAGGACAGGCUCAAAAUAUAAGCUAAAAGAAAACAUUGAAACAUUCUUCACCAGGUUUGUUGAGGAGGGCAAAGCCACUGUGAGACUGAAGGAGCCCGCUGUUGACAUCUGCUUGAGCAAGGCUGAUGCUAACAGCUUGAAGAACUUCCUCUCGGCUGCUCGGUUGGCUCACAGAGGAAAUGACACGGACAGCCUGCCGCUCUCUACACUGACACCCGUCCGAGCCAGGGAUGUGGAGAAGCCCAAGAAGAAGCUGACUAUUGUAUCCAAGAAGGACUAUCCAUUGACCUCCAAUUUUCCCUACUCAUUAGAGCAGCUCCAGGUGUCCUACUGCAAGCUCUCACGGGUAGACAUGCGAAUGCUCUCCCUCAAGGCACUGCGCAGACUGGACCUCAGUAAUAACAACAUUAAAAAACUUCCUGACACUAUCGGAGACUUGGGCUGCCUGGCUGAGCUUAUUCUCCACAGCAACCACUUAGAGACCUUUAGUGAAGCCCUCUGUCUGUCCAGCCUCCAGCGCACACUUCAACACCUCGACCUGAGUCAGAACCGCCUGCAGGCCCUGCCGCCUCAUUUCUGCCAGCUGCGAGAGCUGAUCAACCUCAAGAUGGACAACAACGGACUGGUGUGUUUGCCCUUUCGCAUCAGCCAUCUCUCCAAGCUGCGCUUUUUGUCUGCUGCACACAACCAGCUGGCCCUGCUGCCAGGGGACUUCCGAAAGUUAACUCUGGAGAACCUGGACCUGUUUGGUAAUCCGUUCGCCCAUCCCAACCCCCUGGACCACACCAUCCAGCUCACCUUCCCCCUGACUCUGCAGGAGAUGGCCGCCAGGGCUGUGGCCAACCUCAGAAUCCCUUACGGGCCUCAUCUCAUCCCUGCCCACCUUUGUCAAGACCUGGAGGUUGCCAAGACCUGUGACUGUGGCUGUACCUGUGUGAACUACUACAUCAAAACAGCAGUCAGCAUGAAUCUGCAUCUGGUCUCUCACACUGUGGUUUUGGUAGAUGACAUGGGAGGAACAGAUGCACCGGUGCAGCGUCACUUUUGCUCCCUAUCAUGUUACUCUGAGUUCCUAGACCAAUGCCUUCAGCGAGGCCUGAGAUGAUUUAAGUCCCUCAACUGUUCCACGGCAAUCAGUACAGUAGCUAGGUUUCCAUCCAAUUUGCGACAGAUUUUCAUGCGAAUAUUCUGAAAUCUGCAUUUAAAAAAAAAAAUAUGCGCAUUUUCCCACCAGAUAUGUUUCCAUUAAAUUUACUUUUUGUGGAUAAAUGCUGUGUGUGAUGACGUAGUGCACAUAAACAUAACUUUUAAUUGUUAAAUUCCCAUGUACCGAAUGUGAAAAUACAAGUUAAGUGGGUUUCCAUCGUAUUGUCAACUCUACUGAUGGGUUUUGUCACAACUGUUGCUUUAUACAGCAAAUGUACCCACUCUGGUCUUGACACGUGCUCUCUAGCCAACAGCUGGCAGAUACAGUCCAGGUAGGCUACCUACAUGAUGAGAUUUUAUUAUAGAGCACAGUGAUAUUAUUUGUCAAAUGGCAGCCAAGCAUCGAUCAUCAUGUCACCAGAAUAAGACCCUCAAUACUUCAAGCUCAUCACC